UCUACAGUCGUCAUUCACAUCACGUAGAAUAUUGUUCUGAUCGUUUUAUUUUGAAGCGUCGAGAUCAUUUCAACGAAAGAGAUAGAAAGAUACGGUAGUAUAAUAUAGUAAAUUCAUCACUGGAAAGAAGUGUACAAUCAUGGUCGCCGAUAAAUCAAUAACCAAUGCUUUUGAUUUCAUUAUAAAAGAUAAUAUAUUGAAAGGAAAAGAUGAACCUUUAUCCACGGAAUAUACGAAUGUUGGAAAAUUACUAUUGGAUAGAAUGAAGGCUAGACCCGACUUUGUCGGCCAGAUGGACAUCAUCACGGAAGAGACAUACACUUUUGCCGAAAUGUUUGAUCGGACUGUAAAAUGUGCGCUAUGGUUACGUCAACAAGGAAUAAAAAAUAAUGAUGUAGUUGCCGUAUGCGCUCCCAAUAUUAUGGAUAGUUUUGCACCAUUCUUCGCUAUUUUCUGCGUGGGAGCAACCUUUACUCCUUGGAACUCUGCAAUGGAUAUACGUGAGGCACGUUACUUUAUGAAAUUAUCCGGUGCAAAAAUUGUCUUUGCGGACGAAAAUUCGGUAAAUACGAUACUGGAAGCGGCGAAACUCGAUAAUAACAAUAUCAAGGUCGUCGUCUUUGGUAAGAUCUCCAAUGUUUUGCCCUUUUCGAAAGUACUCGAAGGUCAUAGCAAGUCCGACGUGGAGAAUUUUGAAUGUGCGCAAAUCGAUAACAUUCACGAUACAGCAGCACUUUUGUAUUCAUCCGGUACAACUGGUCUUCCUAAAGGAGUUACAAUCUCGCAUUUCGCUCUUUUGUGUAAUUUAGUCAUAAAUGUCAAUUGGGGUAUUGAAGGAAUUCCACUCUGGCUGUCAUCAUACUUUUGGAUCAGUGGAGUUUUAUUAACCUUGAAAUGUACGGUUAAUUAUUGUAAGAGAUUACUUUAUCCUAAAUUCGAAGAGGAGACGACGUGUAAAAUCAUAGAAAAGUAUAAGGUUACAUGGGUGUUUUUGUCUCCUAGCAUGAUAAAUAGAAUAUUGAAGGCGGGGUAUUUUAAGAAGUACGACGUAUCCAGUAUUACAAAAGUAUAUGUUGGCGGAGCUAUAUUUACUGCAAAAAGUCAAAUUCAGCUCCAAGAAUGCUUGCCACAUGCCGAUGUCAUACAAAUGUACGGAAUGACCGAACUUUGUGGCGUUAUAACAGCUCAAAAACCAAAUCACAAAGCAGGUACCGUUGGAACGGUAACAAGUAACGCACAACUCAAGAUCAUCGAUUUAAAAACAGGAAACGCAUUGGGUCCAGACCAGGCAGGUGAACUUUUAACAAAAUCGAUAAUGAUGACGAAGGGUUAUUACAAUAAUCCACAGGCAACCAAGGAUACGAUCGAUGCUGAUGGAUGGUUGCAUACCGGUGAUAUCGCCUAUUACGACGAGAACGGUGAACUUUUUAUACUGGAUAGACUGAAGGAAACUAUGAAGUACAGAGGUUUUCAAAUCUCGCCGUCCGAAAUUGAGAAUCUUUUGCAAUCUCAUCCGGAUGUUAUCGAGGUUGCUGUUGUUGGUGUUCCUCAUCUUGAGGACGAUGAACAUCCCAUCGCUUUUAUUAUCAAAGUUCCUGGUUCGAAGGUAUCCGAAGGAGAGCUUCGAGAAUUGGUGGAAAAAAAUAUGACGGAUAGUUAUCAUCUCCGCGGCGGUAUUAAAUUUUUGGAUAAAAUGCCGCACACACCUUCUGGAAAAAUUAGCAGGAAAGAUCUUAAAGUAAUGGCUAAAAAUUACCAGACCAAAUGAUCGUUUUCCCUGAAAUGUUUUUUUUUUAAUAGGAGGUUAGAAAUUUUCAAUUUAUGAUAAAUGGAUUCUUGUAAGAUAUGGUAAGAGAGAAUAAUAUGUAUAGAAAAUAUUUAUAAUAAUAGAGAAUGUUAUUAUUAUAAUAGAGAAUAAUAUGUAUAGAAAAUUUCAUUAUACAUAUCUCGAUAACGGUGUUUCAUCGAAGGCCAAACCUUUUAAUAGUUCCCUUGUUUGUGAAGUCCGUGUGUCAUAGACAUAGAUAUAGAUACUUGUUUUAUAGUAAGAUCAAAUAUGUUCUAUUGUCAACCGAUCACCGGACAGAGGAAUUCUAUUCACAUAAAAGAACCAUCGGAAAUGGUUGUAAUAUGAGGAAUUAUGAUAUUCCAUUUUCAAGUCUAAAGUACUUUGACUUGAAUGUGUUUCAUGUAGACACUGGGCAUGUGUAAUCUGUUCCAGAUGUAAUAAAGACUGUUACGUGCGUGAUUUGUAUUCGUAAAAUCUAUAAGUCAUUGGUUUGAUUAGACUCAUAUGUAAACUAUAUAAUCAUAUUGACUGCAUAUAAACACAUCGUAGUGUAUUCAAAUUUAUGUUUAGUCUGAUAUUUUUUUUUGUAUUUGUCUUUGUACAUAUUUAUAUUGUCUGUUUUCAUAAUUUACGUAUUGUUUUAGAACGUAUUUAAUUCCAUUCUCAUUUUCUCAAAUCUUAACUUUCGAAUAUUUUUAAUAUUUUUGCUAUAUUUUACGAUUUUUUUAAUUUUUCAGUUUGUUACUUUGGAAACAUAAAAGCAAAAGAUUACAUAAAGACAUGCGUAUUCGAUUGUUGUGUAUCCUCGUAUCGUAUUACAGUUGCAUAUCGAUGUGGAUAGAUAAAGGACAGAUAGUAUUCUCCGUAUUUAUAAGGAUAUGCGAUAUCCUUAUAAAUAAUCAACGAUAAUAAGUAAUGAUGAUAAUAUAUAACAGUAAAAUGAUACGAGAAUAUGCAACAAAUGGAUAUGCAUUUAAAAACUAGUAACACAUAAGUUAUUACUACUAUAGCGAUCUACUUAUACAGUAGCAUUGCCUCGAUAGCAAUCAAAUAAUAGUUGAAAACAAAGUUUUGAGAAGAUGUAUUAUGGCAUCUUGGGUAGGGUCCAUUUGUUAGCUCUAUUUGUUGUCGGUAACCUACUCAUUAGAUCUUCUUCACGGUACGACCUUAUUCAUUAGACCGCAACACAGAACUUCCUACCAAUCCAUUUUUAUCUCAACAUUAUGGAUAAUAAGAGAGAAUAUAUAUGAGUUUUGAAGUCUGGUUUCAUGCCGUCUAAGAUAGAGUCCGCUUGAUGCCUUACUUGAUGACGAAUCCUUGAACAAACUUGGAAAGAACAUACUCGUUAGUUAUUCAGAGAAGCCAUCUAAUACAAAAAUGCUAAACCAUGAAAAUUUGUUUGAUUUAACCGAUAAAAAAGAUCUUUACAUAUUACCAUCCUUUUUUUUUCAAUAUUACGGGACUUUAUCAUUUUUCGCUCGAAGCGUGUGUGAUUUCAUUGACAGGUAUAAAUAAAAUAUGAACUAUAAGUGGACAAGCUGAGACCAUUGUCCUCACCAUACAUUUAUCGUAUCAAUGUAUAAGCUUGUUUGGUUAUACCUCUCACAGGCGUACAUAACAAUUGGUUUACGUGGUUAGAGUAGUUGUGUUAGUAGGGUGUGAACUUAACUUUUUAAUCUUUCAUAUUUCUAUCAUUUUUGAUGGUCGCAAUGACCCGUGCUAGAUAUGACAUCAGCACGUAUUUGUUUUACAACAAAUGCAUAGAAAAUAAUAAAUAUAAUUGAUACAUAUUAUACUUAGUAUAUAAAUUUUUAUAAAAAACAAGAUUCCUGUCAAAAGUAAUUAGUGAAUUCUUAUAUAUUAUAUUAUUUUAAUAUAAAUUAAAACAUGAGUUUAUUUCCACUAUC